AUGAAAAAAGUCAAUCCUAACCUCUACAGCUGUCCUUACGACUCGGUCACAAUUUACGACGGCGACUCCAGCGCUGCGCCGAUCAUGCGGAAAGUGUGCGGCCUGCAGCAACGGAUGGAGGUUUACUCUGUGAGCGACGCUCUGCUCAUCCACUUCAACACUUCCAACCCAGCAAAGUCUGAUCCUCGAGGGUAGCCUCCGCGCAGCGAUUCAGCAAAUUUUCCGUUGUCAGAUUUGUCAUCGACUACAUGUUCUCCAAGUCGUUUGUCGACGUGAGCACGAUGCUCGGCGGCCAGAAAGGCGUCACUCACAUCCGAGGCUCCGAGUGCGACGUCCGCGUCGAGAGCAACACCGAAACCACACACUUCAUCUCGAGUCCCAACGUUCGUUCGUUCGGACACUCAUUUCUGUUUCAGACACCCAAAUUUGUGUAAUUCUCUAACCAAGUAUUCUAUCAAAAAUCAGAACUAAAGAAAAUUUUUUUUUUAUUUUUUAACUCUAAUUUGUAAUUGUGUGUUGAGAAGCGUUAAAUUUGAAAAAAUAUUUCUUUUUUGAUUUUUAAUUGAGAAAUUGAUAGAAGAAGCGCCAAGAAGACUUCAGAUUUUGACAAAAAGUUGCCGAUUUUUCAGUACCCUGAAGCGUAUCCAGCAAACACGACGUGUACCUACAUCAUUGACGGGCUUCAAGGAGAUCAGAACUUGGAAAAAGUUUUGCUGAAAUUUGAAUCGAUCGCCGUCCUCUCUUACGACACAACGUCCGUUUCACGCGUCUUCCCCUUGUGCACUGGAUAUUCAGACCGAUAACGGGUCCGCCGUCGAUAGACGACAUCGUCUGUCCAUCGGCAUGGGUCGGCGUCGCGAUCAGCGACAGCAACAUGAAGGCGGCGAUGUCGUCGACGGACGACUCCGUCUUCGAUGUGACGCUCUGUGAGAGGAUUCCUGCGAGUGAGUCUGGUUCAUCUCGGCCAGUAAUGAGUCCGAAACUCCAGACUCUGCCUUGUUGGGACCUUACGAGAGCUCUGGGCCGCGCAUGGUUGUGCAGUUCGGGUCGACGGACACUCGCGACGACGGGAACCAUCCUCUUGGCUUCAAAGCCAACAUCGAGUUCAAAACUGGUACUAGCAGUCAUCCAGAAGAAAAUAACUUUAAGACUGAAGUUUAACCGCAAUCUCAGAAUAUUUGGUUCUCUAGAUUUUUUACAAUGCAGUUUGCUCAAGAAGAUCGUGUUAAACUUCUUAUCGACCACCCGUGUUUCUUGCUGAUCAUUCCGAGGAUUUUUCCAGACUUUGGAGUAACCGGAGAAUCACUGGGAACGUCCAACGAAUGUAGGUUUCGGUUCAACUCUUCGACUGGAUUCUUCAACAGCCCCCGCUACCCAGCCAAUGUAUGUCAUCAUUAUACUUUGAAGUCAUUUUUAACGAGAUAAUUGAAGUAUCCAUUAGACACCAACUGCACUUAUCACAUCGUCGGAUCGCCUGGAACAGAAAUCCUCAUCCAUUUCGAGCAGUUUGCUCUUUUUCAAGAAAGCGAAGGGUAAGCUUCUGUCCAGAACUUUCUCUCAUUGGUCUCAGGUGCACCGAUUGGGUGGAGAUUUACGACGUUAUGUACUACAAGGGCGUCGAAAUCUCACAACUUCAACGUGAGCUUCUGCUCUUUGAAACCUCACAAUCUAUUUCGUUUCAGAAAGGUACUGCUCAGACACGUUUCCGGGACCGAGCGUUUCGUCCUUCGGAUCGCAUGAAAUGCGUGUCGUUUUCUCUUCAGACUCAUCCGGAACUGCCAACGGCUUCAAGGCGCUUUUCGAGAUUCGACCGGCCAGAAAAGAGGAUAUACCUUCUGGAGGUUCAAUCUAGAGUUAUUUGACUUGAAACGUCGGUUUGCAAUCUAAAUAAAAUUAUUGUGUCAUUUUCUCUUCCUUCUUCACCACCUAGCUUGAAUAAACGAAUGAUAGGAAGUUAAAAAGAAAAGUGAGAAAGAUAGCUUCCAAUUUGUUGAGAAAUCAAAUUUUCUUUUCUUGAAAAUGUGUGUAUUAAAGACCCAAUUCUUUAAGUAAACUUAUUAAUGGUUUUUUGUUGUUAUCCUUCAGAAUAAUAUGUAUAAAUGUGGAAGACUAAGCGAAAAAAGAGCCUGCUGGAUCGAAUCAAACCAAAUGCCACUCAAAUUGUAGUUGAUUACCUAGUGUCACUAGCGUACACGAAGAAGUAGGAAGAAUAAGAGAGAUUUCGCAGAAAUGUCGACGCAUCGAGACUCGCAACGAUGUGGAGGGAUGAUCUACGCGUCGGACUCCUCGCCGACCGGCCUUAUCUCUUCGCCCAACUUCCCCAUCAAGUACAACAACAACGUGCACUGCGACUGGCAGGUCAACGCCAGGCCUGGCUUCCGAGUAAGUGAAGGUCGGCGCCAAAGUCAUCGCGAUUCUGCAGAUCCUUCUCAAAAUGCAAACCAUGGAAGUCGAAGGCGAGAUGACGGCCGUCACGGCUUCUUGUCAGAAGGUCCAGCUUUUGACGAAGAGAAAAGACGAAUGUUUUUUCAGGCGGUUAUCCGUGUGGACGGCGCUCCACGAGCAGAGUAUUGCGGAACGAAAGGCGCCUUUUUCCAGUCCUUCCUCUCUGAAAACAACACUGUCCGCAUAAGGUACCUUUUAUUUCCCAUCUUCUGAGAUUUAUUAUUGGCUUAACCAUUUCGAAAAAGCUUCUACUAGAAAAUCAUGACGAUGAGAAGAAAAAAAAAAUUUUUUCUUGGGUUUCUCAUUGUUAUCUAUGCUUUGUCUUUCCAGAUGAGAUACCACCUUUCUGUUCAAAUGAACUAGAAAUUCAAAAAAUCGAUUUAAUUUCAAUAUGUCGAUAGCGAUAUAAGAUAUUCUCAUAAACUUCGUGCCAAAAAAAAAGUCAAGUUCUCAGUUUUCAGCUUCAUGACAGCUCCUGACAAGGUUAAUGGCUUGAAAGGCUUCAGCAUGGCCUGGACCGAAGUGAAACCAGUGAAAGGUUCGGUCCUCCUGUUUUCCUUUCCUAUCGAAAAUCUUCAUAGGAAAAGAAGCAGAAUGCGCCACGCCCGAUGUGUAUCUGUGCACUUAUUCCAAGCUUUGUAUCGACGCCAAAUUACGUUGCAACGGCGUCGACAACUGUGGCUACCGUAUCCUCGACGAUACCGACGAGCAACAUUGUUGGUUUUCGAUCUGUCUCCUUCUCUCUUUCUCUCACUCUCUGACUGAGUUUAAAAGCUACAAAGCUCGAUGUAGGAUCUCUACUAGGGUGAACUAUGAAUUGAAUAGGAUACUUUUUAUUCACGAAGCUCUCUGAGCUUUUAUAGUUUUGAGUGACUCGAAUAGCUUCUUUUGUUCGUUUUGAGGCUGAGGAGCUAACCAUAUAUGUAGUUCGCUGGUUGAAGUUUUUGAAACUUGUCAAGUUGUAGGAAGUUUAAAAACACACAUCAGCCAAUUUUUCUGUUGAACUUGCGCUAAAUCGUUGCCUGAAAAAGGAACGCGCACGUCCGUUUGAAGCCUAACCUGUGUUUUGAAACGAACUCGCAGGCACAUCACGACGACGAUCUUCGUCCCAGAAGUUCCCAAAGAAGCCUCCGCAUGAUGACCAGCCUCCCACGACAGCAGCAGCCGCCCGUGUCCUUCCUAUUCUCGCCUUUCUGGCUGCAGUCCCGUUUCUCGAAUGA